AUGGCGGCCAGCUGCGGGGAACCACACCCUGCCUUCAAGGACGCCGUCGAAGAGAGUCUGAGCAAGCGUGACACAGAGCUCGAGACUUACGACCAUGUGGAGGAGAGAAGGAAGAGGCAAGAGCUAUCGGCCAUUUGUGAGCAGAGCCUCAAGGAGAACGCGGAAGUGUCCAUCACAGAGCACCAAGUAGAAGCACCCCGACAGGAUGACGAAGGACGGAAGAUCAUAGUUACGGUGGUUCGGCCAGCCGGGGUAGAGGAAAUUCCUAGCAAUAGGCCGUGUAUAUUCUUCAUCCAUGGAGGUGCUAUGGUUGGCUCUACUCGAUUCGCCGGCCUUGACGUCAAUGGACCACUGUGGGUUGAAAAGUUCAACGCUAUUACUAUCAGCGUGGAGUAUGGAAGAGCACCAGAAAAUAUAGGAGUUCAGCUUGCUACCGACUGCUACUUCGGCUUGCUUUGGGCGUGGCGCGAGCGUGCAAGGCUAGGCAUUGACCAAGACCGACUCAUGCUGUACGGAGCAUCAGCCGGGGGUUGCCUCGCGGCUUCCGUGGCUUUGAUGGUUAGGGAGGAUCUCGUCAGGCAGAGACCGGUGCCCAAAUUAUGCGGUCUGUUUCUGGAAGCCCCCAUGCUCGACGACAGAUGUGAGACGGAGUCGUGCAAAGCCAUCACUCAUGGGCCUAUUUUCAACGGAACGCUGGCAAAGUAUGCUUGGGGAUGGCUCCUGGGCGAGUCCCAAGCAAAAGGAUCAGAGGUCUCGAUGCUCGAAUCACCGGCUCGGGCGGUCAACCUUGGUGAACUGCCAAAGACCUACAUCGAAGCCGGGACGUUUGACCCGCUACAUGAUGAAGGCCAAAGGUUCGCGGAGCAGAUCAACGGGGAUGGUGGCGAGGCGAUUUUCAGGUCUUUCCCAGGGGUCACUCACGGAUUUGUUGCUGCGCGGCCAGACAUUGAUAUCUCCAGCGAAGCUAUGGCUGAAAGGGUGAAAUGGAUUGGGAACAUCUUCAAUGUUGAGACUUGA